CGACAAAGAGGAGCUAAAGGAAUACCGAACACCGACUGUUGUGGUAACUGCCAAAAUCCUGAGAAGAUACUUCUAUAAAUGGAGACCGGCUCUGAUGACUCGAUCACGUGGCUUCUACUCAAGAGUCAAGACGAAAGGAUUCAUCGGUGCCUUCGGCUUUGACUUGCUUCACUAGCUAGCAUAGAUGAUUAUUCAUAGAAGAAAUCGGAAGGAGACAGCGAGCACUUGCACAGACUUGCUCAAACUCGCACAGAUUCUGUCCACAUAAGGCUUCAUUAGCUAUCCGCGGAAGAAAUCGGAAGGAGAUAAUCAGCACUUGCUCAAACUUGUACAGACAUUGUCCACAUUAGUAGCCAUUAAGGGUCAAUCACUCUGUAUUAGCAAUUCAUGGAAGGAAUCGGAAUGGGCCAGGCGAUUUAUAAUUACUAAGAGAAUCUGUGGCAUAGCUCACAACGAGAACACUCCUCCCCUCCCAGACAACAAUGAGCACACCAAUCACUCUACUACUUAACAUAAAGACACCAGUGCUUUGUGCUCCAAUGGCUGGUGCAAGUGGUGGUGCGCUAGCUGCACAAGUUUCUCUUGCAGGAGGAUUUGGAUUUAUAGGAGCAGGUUACUGGGAUGCGGGAUGUUUCCGGAAGGAGCUUGAGUUGGCGAGCUCGAUUUUGCAAGAAGAAAGGAAGCCUAUGACCGAGUCUAGUGAUCAAAUAACGAGAACCGAUACUCGGGAUGGACCUUUGAAGAUAGGCGUGGGUUACCUCGGAUGGAAGCUCGAUCAGUCCAAUGAGAGUGCAGAGCUGCUCUCCAUUGCCCUAGAAGCACGCGUUGCCGCGGUCUGGCUCGCCUUUGGGACUGAUCUAGGAAAGUGGGUCCGGCAUGUGCGAAAAUUCGACGCCAGUAGGUCGAAGCCGCAUACAACGAUAGUGUUCGUACUCGUGAAUUGCCUGCAAGAUGCACAGAAGGCCGUAAAGGAAUGGGACGCCGACGUACUCGUGGCACAAGGUAUUGAAUGCGGAGGACAUGGGUAUGGAGCUGCGUCGCCCCUGCUUGCGCUAGUUCCCGAGAUUCUCAAGUCGUUUCCGGAGAAAGAAGGGGGGAAACCUUGCCCUCCUGUUGUAGCUGCUGGCGGCCUAACGUCCGGAGCCCACAUUGCAGCACUACUUGCGCUUGGUGCCUCUGGAGUCGUCCUCGGCACUCGGUUUCUUCUCACACCCGAGGCCAAAUACUCGGAUGCACAGAAGGCUGCUCUCCUUGCCGCGUGUGGCACCUCCACGAUACGCACGACGGCAUUUGAUGCCUUGCGAAAGACUACGGGCUUUCCUGAAGGUAUAAACGGUCGUGCACUUUACAACAAAACAGUAGAACACUUUGACAGUGGCUGGGACAAAGAAGAAGUUCGUCGCCAGUUUGAUAAAGGUGUCCAAGACGGCGACCCCGAAUAUUUUUUAGCUUGGUCGGGAACAGGCAUUGGACUCGUCAACGAAAUCAAACCCGCAGCUGACGUUGUAAAAGAGAUUCAUAAGGAGAUGAUAGAUCGCUUGCGAGCCGUAUCUACCCUCCUCUCAGAAGAAUUUGGUUCUGAAGCUUGACACAAUUUGCAAUGCAAAGGAAUUAAACGCUAAAGAAAAGUCACGGCUUCAUAUUCUGCCCGUCCCCCAGAAUUAUUGUACACGAAUAAACCGAUCAAUCUCCGCUGCACCACUUCUUCUGCAUUUGCAUUUACUGAACUUCGAGCACAGCGAUAUGAUCGUUUUCGUUCAAAUUCGUUCUAUCGCUGACAAUGCGCCUGAUGAAUCCGACUCUUGGCGCGAGAACCUGCAGUUCCGUCUUCGCGGAAUUCUGCGUAGCAAUAAGGUCUCCCUCCUUCACUAAGGCUCCCUCCGAGACAACAACACUGACUACUCCGUUCAGUGGUGCAACGAUCUUAAUGUGAUCCAAGGUAGGUGACUGGGGAGGUUGAACGUCUGAGCUUGGCGCUCGCGCCGUUACUGCGUGCGCUUCGGGGCUACCGCUCAUCUGACUUUAAAGUAAACUCGUAGUGGUUUAAUCGUCCUGAGCCGAAGUAAGCGGCAAGUCUACUUUCAUCGAAAAACAUGAGUUCGCCACAAUAACUUACGCUUUCCCUGCUGAGCAACGAGGCUUGGUGACUGAUAGUGGAGGUAUGAAUCAACGUUUUGGGAUAUAUCGGAUCUUGUGAAAUGCAGGGAGGGUCAAUCAAAACGACUCAGAUGAUCAAGACGUCAUCUACUUAGGUUAUUGACUUAUUUGGUAAAGG